GAGAGAGAGUGUGUGUGUGUGUGUGUGUGUACUCGAGAGCAGAGGAAUGGCUUUUUCUAGUUGCCAUGGAAACAGAUUCUUCCUGUUCCUUUACCCCAGCCGGUUCUGUGAGUGGCUGGGGAAAGUGGACAAAGGGAGGCUUUCUGGUUGGGACUCUCCCUUCCUAACAUCCUUUUCUUUUCUACAGGUUUCCCCCUCCCCAAAAAAACAAAACAAAACAAAACAAAACACCAUCACCAUGACAGCUCCAUAGUGCCACCCAACCCUCCCCUGCCUGCUAUAUCCCAUUUACAGGGGCACUGGUGCCAAUGAGAGAGAGAUAUACCAAGCUCCAGUUGUGACUCCUGCCUUUGAAGGAGGUGAUGAGACAAGACCGGAAAGGUCUGGAGGCGGGGAGCCUGGACGGGUGGAUGCCCAUUUCCCCCCAAGCCGAGUGGAUGUUGCUUGGGAGACCCAAGCCAGCCUGCUCCGAUUUAAAGGAGGAAGCUGUUACUGAGGCAGACAGACAACCAAGGCGAUGAUUCGCUCUCAGGGGAGGGAGUUCGCCCUGUGAUUGGACAGAUUCCUAGAGUGGAGAAUUCAAAUUACCUGGAAAACUCCCCCAGAACAUACGGAGGGCUGUGGUUGUAGAGGUAGAAGGUAGAACACCGCCUCUGAGGAGCUUUAACCGGCUGACAAGGGUGGGGGGCCAGCCCGAUCUUAAGGGCUCCCGGGGCCACCGCUGACCUGGCUGGAUGCAUCGGGCAGUGGACCCUCCGGGGGCCCGAGCUGCACGGGAACCCUUCACCCUUGGGGGCCUGAGCUGUGCUGGGACCUGGAGUUCUUGUCCUCCCCACCCCCCUCCCCGGGCAUGGCUGCCAGGGGGCAGGUGUUCUGCCAGCAUUGGGCAGCCCCAACUCCCAGCUCACCUGCCCCCAGCCCAUGGCAGUGGUAUUGGAUAUCCCAGCAAGUCCUAUUACCCUCCAGGGACUCCCAAUUCUCGGCCUCUGCAUGGGAAGCUGGAAUCACUGCAUGGCUGGGUUCAGGCUUUGCUUCGAGACCCAGCCCAGCCAGGGCUAUGGGAACAAUUGGGGCAGCUUUAUGAAUCGGAACAAGACGGCGAGGAGGCCAUGCGUUGUUACCACAGUGCAGCCCGAUAUGGGGGUGGUUAUGCAGAACUAGGGCUCCGUAUUGGCCGGCUUCAGCAGGCCCAGAUCUGGAAUUUUCACACAGGCUCUUCUCAGCAUCGGGCCAAGGUUCUGCCACCCCUUGAACAAGUGUGGAACCUUCUACAUCUUGAGCACAAGCGAAGCUAUGGGACAAAGCGUGGGGGUCCCCCAGUAAAACGAGCAGCAGAAACUCCUGUGGUACAACCUGUGCCUCCUGUGGCUCCUCCUGGUCCUGCUGAUGAGAGCCUUAGCCCUGGAGGCAAACGUAGGAGGGGCUGUGGCCCUGAUCAGACUGGUCCUCCUCCAGGGUUACCACCACUGCCUCCUCCACUGCCAGGCCUAGCUACAAAUCCCCCCUUCCAGCUAUCGAAGCCAGGGCUAUGGAGCCCACUGCAUGGAGAGGCCUGGGGCACUGAGUGCAAGGGUUCUGCUCCUCCAGAACGUCAGGAGCAGCGGCACUCAGUUCCCCUCCCAUUUCCAUACCCCACUCCUUCCUAUGCUUCGCACCCCCCUGGCCACCGGUCAGUCCCUACGGCCCCUCUGGGCCCCCAUCCCCCAGGAGCAGAGAGCCAUGGCUGCCCACCUGUCCCCCAUUCCCCUGGAAGUGACCUUAGAGAGAGCAGAGUUCAGAGGUCGCGGAUGGACUCCAGCGUUUCACCAGCAGCAACCACCGCCUGCGUGCCUUAUGCCCCUUCCCGGCCCCCUGGCGUCCCCGGCACCACUACCACCAGCAGUAGCAGCACCGGCCUCCGGGGCACAGAACAGAGCCCAGGCCUUGGCUCUGACUGUUAUCAAACUCCAGGGCUAGAGGCUACUUCUCACGAGAGCCGCCUGGGGCCAUCGGCACAUAGCAGUCGGAAAUCUUUCCCCCCUGCCCCCACCGCCGCUGCCCCACCCCUGCCUCUCCCACCGGGCCCACCCCUCCUGCCCGGCCCUACCACCCCACCACCACCCUGUCCCCGUCUUCUCCACCCAGCACCCCCAUCCUCAUGGCUGGAGGGCCCUGCCUGCCAAGCAGGCAGAGGGGCUGGAGCUAUGGGUCGAGAAGAAGGGGAUCCUUUGGAGGAGCUCCUCUUUGGAGCGAAGGGCCCUUGCCCCACUCCACCUCCCCUACCUCCUCCUCCACUACCACUCCCCCUCCCCCACCACGAGGGCUUCUUGGGGACUCUCUCACCCCAUUUCCCCGUGGGCACUCAGGAUUCGCACACCAACCCCACCACCCCCACCACCAUCACCACCAGCAACAGCAACAGCAGCCAAGUGGGGCCUGUGCCCUUUCCCCCUCCCCCAUUCCUUUCCCGGGGUUUAGAUACCCAUCCCCCAAGCCCUUCUCUGAGCCCUCCAGCCCCUCCUGUCACUCCCUUGCCACUCCCAAUUCCCCAGCCUACCACCCCACCCUGCCACCAAAAUACCUCAGGAAGCUUCAGGCGCCCGGAGAGCCCCCGGCCCAGGGUCUCCUUCCCAAAGACCACAGAGGUGGGGCGGGGGCCACCUCCUGGGCCCCUGAGCAAUGCCCAGCAGCCCCAACCCCCUGGAGGUGGUGGGGAGCUUCCCAGCCAGAGCCCUCGACUGUUUGAUUUUCCUUCAACACCCCUGGAGGACCAAUUUGAGGAACCGGCAGAGUUUAAGAUCUUGCCCGAUGGGCUGGCCAACAUUAUGAAGAUGCUAGAUGAAUCUAUCCAAAAGGAGGAAGAGCAACAGCAGCAACAGCGAGAGGCCAGUGGGGGAGCUCUGGCACCCCUGAAGGAGCCCUUUGCCCCACUGCAGGCCUCUUUCCCCCACAAGGAAGAGAAGACGCCACCACCAGCGUUGCCCCCUCCUCCACCGCUAGCAAAAUUCUCCCCAUCCCUUCAACCGCUGCCACCGCCACCAUCGACACAAGCCGGUCCAGCCACUUUGCUAAAAUCUCUGGCCAAUGUGCUGGAUGGGCAGAAAUACUCUUACCAAGGGGCUGGGGCAGGGGCUGCCCAGGCUGUGACCUCUCCCUCUCAGUAUUCUCCCCCACCCCCAUCAGGUGCUAUCCCUACCCCACCUGCAAUGGCAGCCACGAACCUCCUGUGCCCCCUGCAGCUGCAGGUCUCUUCAUCAUCUCAAUUUUCUACCUCAAGCGGGCCAUGGGCCCAGGAGCAAGGAGGGGGUGAGGAGCCAUCUGGGCCUCCCCCAGCCCAGUCACUCCUACCACCACCACCACGGCUAGGGGUUGUCCUACCCCCAACCCGCUCUGAGUCAGAGGUACUAGAAGAGAUCAGUCGGGCUUGUGAGACACUGGUGGAAAGGGUGGGCAGGGGCACAGGGGAGCCAGUGGAAAGUGGAGGGGAGCGACCACCACCACCGAGGCCCAAGGAAGAAAGUGGUGCUGGGCCUGGGUGUAGCAAGCGGAAAGAGAAGGAACAUAGGCGGCACCGGCGAGGAUGCAAGGAUGGUGGACGUCGGCAUCGGGAGGGUAAGGUGCACAAGGAGAAGAACCGACAGGUGCUAGGAAAUCUGGACCUACAAAGCAAGGAGAUCCAAGGACGGGAGAAAGCCAAACCUGAGGCUGGUGGCGCUGCCAAAGUCAAGCUGCCUACUCCUAUACCCCCUGCUACAACUGCUCCUCCUCCCCGCCCACCCUCACCGGCCCCUACACCAGCACCAGUCCCUGGGGGUGAGACACGGCAUAAAGCCCGGGAAGAGACUCCAGGCCCACCCAGUGUGAGUCCAGCUGACAUGCUGAAGCUCCGGUCCCUGAGUGAGGGACCACCCAAGGAGCUAAAGAUUCGGCUUAUCAAGGUGGAGAGUGGUGACAAGGAGACAUUCAUGGCCUCUGAGGUGGAAGAACGGCGGCUGAGUAUGGCUGACCUUACCAUUGGGCACUGUGCUGCCGAUGUGGUACGGGCCAGCAAGAAUGCAAAGGUGAAAGGAAAGUUUCGAGAGUCCUACCUAUCACCUGCCCAAUCUGUAAAACCUCAGAUCAACUCUGAAGAGAAGCUGCCAAGGGAAAAACUCAACCCCCCCACACCCAGCAUCUACCUGGAGAGCAAACGGGAUGCCUUCUCCCCAGUGCUGCUUCAGUUCUGCACAGAUCCUAGGAACCCCAUCACAGUGAUCCGGGGCCUGGCUGGUUCCCUUCGCCUCAAUUUGGGCCUGUUUUCCACAAAGACCCUGGUGGAGGCAAGUGGCGAACAUGCAGUGGAGGUAAGGACUCAGGUGCAGCAGCCAUCAGAUGAGAACUGGGACCUUUCAGGCACUCGACAGAUCUGGCCCUGUGAGAGUAGUCGUUCUCACACUACGAUUGCCAAGUAUGCACAGUACCAAGCCUCCUCCUUCCAGGAAUCUUUACAGGAGGAAAAAGAGAGUGAAGACGAGACAGAGGAACCAGACAGCACCACUGAAACACCUCCCAGCAACAACCCAGAUCAGAAAACUCAUCACAUCAUCAAAUUUGGCACCAAUAUUGAUCUGUCAGAUGCUAAACGGUGGAAGCCCCAGUUGCAAGAGCUGCUGAAACUGCCUGCCUUCAUGCGGGUCACAUCUACAGGAAAUAUGCUGAGCCAUGUGGGCCAUACAAUCCUGGGCAUGAACACGGUCCAGUUGUAUAUGAAGGUUCCAGGGAGCCGAACACCAGGCCACCAGGAAAACAACAAUUUCUGCUCUGUCAACAUCAAUAUUGGUCCUGGAGACUGUGAAUGGUUUGCGGUCCAUGAGCACUACUGGGAGACCAUCAGUGCCUUCUGUGACAGGCACGGAGUGGACUACCUGACGGGCUCAUGGUGGCCAAUCCUGGAUGAUCUCUAUGCCUCCAACAUCCCAGUGUAUCGCUUUGUUCAGCGGCCUGGGGACCUGGUGUGGAUUAAUGCAGGCACUGUCCACUGGGUGCAGGCCACAGGCUGGUGCAACAAUAUUGCCUGGAAUGUGGGGCCCCUCACAGCCUAUCAAUACCAGCUGGCCUUGGAGCGCUAUGAAUGGAAUGAGGUGAAGAAUGUCAAAUCUAUUGUACCUAUGAUCCAUGUGUCCUGGAACGUUGCCCGUACCGUCAAAGUCAGUGAUCCGGACCUGUUCAAGAUGAUCAAAUUCUGUCUGCUGCAAUCUAUGAAGCAUUGCCAGGUACAACGAGAGAGCCUAGUGAGGGCUGGGAAGAAGAUUGCUUACCAGGGCCGAGUCAAGGAUGAGCCUGCCUAUUAUUGUAAUGAGUGUGAUGUAGAGGUAUUCAAUAUCCUGUUUGUGACAAGUGAGAAUGGGAGCCGAAACACAUACCUGGUGCACUGCGAGAGCUGUGCUCGGAGACGCAGCGGAGGCCUACAAGGGGUUGUGGUGCUAGAGCAGUACAGGACAGAGGAGCUGGCCCAGGCCUAUGAUGCCUUCACCCUGGCUGGAUCCAGCAACUCUCGAUGAUGAGGCAGGACACCCCUUCCUAGGGCUGAGAAAAUGUCAAAGCCCAGUUUCUGCCAUCACAGCACAGCCCACAUCCCAUACCCUGGGGGUUGGGGUAGGGGCCUUCCCAGGGAGAGGGAGGAGCCAGAGCCUGGAGAGGGAGGGGGCAGGGCUGAAUUCCUCUCCCACAGGCAGCUCCCCCUCCCUUACUUAAUUUAUUCAGAAAAGGUUUGGGGGGGGUCUUUUUUGUUUUUGUUUUGUUUUGUUUUUGUUUAAAAAAAAAAAAAAACACCAAUAUGAGGGAAAAAAAUUCUAAAAAAAGAUAGGGGUGGGGACCAGAGUAUACUCCUCACCAGCCCCAUCCCUCCACCCAGCCUUGGCCAGACCCCUUUUUUCCCCUACCAACAUUGGCCUUUGUAAUAAUAGAUAAAAGGAGUAAUGGGGUUCUGGGGAGGAUGAUGGUGGAGGGGUCAGAUACGGGUUCCGGUUCCCUCACUCCUGUCAUGGUCCUCUGGGGUGGGGGUGGGGGAUGUGCAGGGCAGAGUGGGUGAGGUUUUUAACAAGACUCUUUGUAUGGGCUUUAUCCCCAUCCCACAUCUUCUAGGACUUCCCUUUUUGUACUUUGGUUGCUCCCUGUGACCCACCCUACCCAUGCGUGUCUGUCUACUAUUUGUUCACUUGGUUAUGAUUUAUAUUUUCUAUUUUCAUUUUUAAUUUAUAACAGUCCUACUCUCUAUUUAUUCAGUUUUGGGGAAACAGGAUCUUCCCCUUGUCCCCUUUCUUACCACCUUCAGUGCCAUCCUCCCUCCUUCUGGCAGUGGGUUUUUAGUAGACUGCUCUCUGCCCCAUUCUUCCUAUGUUCCCAUCUCCCAUUUCUGUCACCCUUAUGUCCAAGCUGUUCCACUGUGUCUCUUCCCAAUGCUCCAUCUUCCCCCAGGCUCUGGCCUUAUUAUCAUGGUGCUCAAACCCCAUCCUUCUCUCCCACCAAUCCCAUAUUCCUGCACUUUCUUGGGCCAGGCCCCUUUCCCCCUUCCAUCGCCCUUUCCUCCCUGGAUCUUCAAGAGGGCAAGUGAGUGGCUCCUGUACUGUAGGAGUAGGUGUGGAAACAGAAAUUUGUUAUUGUACAUGUAACGAAAAAGAAUGGAGGAAAAGGAAGAUCUUUGGGCCAUGCUCUCCUCUGCACCCAUUUUUAAACAUGGAGUUUAAAAUGAAACAGCCGGGGGGAGUGAGGGUGAUGACCUCUGUGCGAUUGUCUAUCUGGAGUUUUGUUUUCGUUUUGUUGGCUGUUUUUUUCUCCUCUGGCUGAGGGGGGGCCCUCCCAUCCCUCCUUGCCCCCUCCCCUCACUGCACUGCUGCUCUGCCUCAGGGCAGAGACCUCUAUCCCCUACCCCUACUUUCGGUGAAUUUGUGUGAAAAUAUUAUUAAAAAAUAAAUGCAGAAAAAACCGUUUUGAUAA